GUUUAACCUUAAUUGAUAAACAAAAUAGUGAUUUGAUCCUUAUGUUGAAUAUGUCAAAUAUUGGGGAAUACCAAGAUCCAUCACAUUUAACUAAAAGCAGACUGAAGAGUGAAUUAAUUGCUCAUAACGUGCGUUUACCACAGAGGGAGCAGAAGAAAGAGGUUUAUGUGCAGCUCUAUUUAAAACACAUUACUUCUAAGAAUAAGUCAGAAUUAAGAGCGGAUUUUUCCAGCGACGAGGAGGAUUCUUCAGAAGUUAAAAGCAUCGAACUGCCCAAACUGAAAGAGGCUGAAGAAAACCAUACAGAUAAAAUGGAUGUCACACAGCUGAGCAAUGAAGAAUUGAAAGAGCAGCUUAUGAAUCAUGGCGUUACACCUGGCCCUAUUGUGGCCACUACAAGGACAAUUUAUGAGAAGAAACUGCUGAAGUUGAUGGGACAGGGCCCUACUGUGCCUCCGCUCAAACAAAAUGGAACUGGAGAUGUUGACCAAUACUCAGACAGUGAAGAGGAAGAUGACUUUCCUCCUGAGGGCUCCACACACACCAGAAUUGAUUCUUCAAAUCAAAGACAAAGCACAAGUAAAGGCACUGCAACAGCUCCAAAAGAGAUGGGAGAUGUGUUGCCUCAGAUCUUACCUGAUGAAAUGAAUUCUCCUUCAGGAAUCAAUGCAACUCGACGUCGACCAAUCAAAGGAGCAGCAGGUCGACCAAUUCAGUACAAGUAUGAUGACUUCCUGACACGGGCAACAGAGAGACACAAUUAUAAGGAGAGAAGCAGCUACUUGGUUACAAAAGAGAAAAAGCCAGUGCAGCGUCUUGUACCUGUGUGGCUUCAGAUCCUGCUGUUCAUCAUUGUGUUGUUUAUCCUGUUCCUGGUCUAUCAAGCAAUGGAAAGCAAUCAAGAAAAUCCUUUUGCAUACUUCCUGGCAAAUGCAGGCAACCAAGCAGCAUCUCAGCCAGAACAGCUGGAUACUCAAACCACACCAGAUGUUGAUUCAUAGGCAGCUCCAGAGUAGGUGCACAUGCCAAAACAGAAAUGGUCUCAGAUUUGAGUGCUUAUAAAGUAGCUAAGCAUUGUUGAACUUUACGGCUUUAAACAAAUUGAGGUUUAUGUCAUAAUAUCCAGAUAUGCCAGUUGCAUUGUGAAGAAAAGCUCAUUAAUGUCUCUGCCCUCUCCACCCCCAUGCUCCCCAAACAAAUUUAACCUGUGAAUAUGUAUUCGCUUCAUUGUGCAAGCAAACUGUGUGUUGUCCAGUUUAUUCAAACUGAAUUAGAAGAAGAAAUGAUAAAACUUCCCUUCAAUUCUCCACAACCACAGAUUUUCUAAUUUGAUUGCUCCAUGAUUUCACUGUUUAUCAGUCCCAGUCACACCACAACGCAUUUACAUUGUACUAUUUAAUACGUAGACAUUACUGCAAAUUUCUGACAUGGUGUCUUGUCAUUUAAUUUUGGCUAGAGAGAAAACCUUGAGGCUAGAAUGGCUUUUUAAAUAAAAUGCAGCUUUGAAUUUUGAAAAUGUUGAGCUUUUCAGAACUGACAUAUUUAGGGACAACAGGACUACAUAUAAUUUACUGGCUUAUUAUGUACUCUAAAAUGUGUAGUGAUUUCUUUUAGUGUUCUGGGUUAAAUUAUAAUUGAAACUUUAGAAUAAUAUUUCAAGUGUUUUUUUUAAAAAGAUACCAGCAAAUUGAAACAAUUUGUCAAAUCUAUUGGUAGAAUUUUUUUAACUGGGUUUAUUUGAAAUGUCUUGGAAGUCAGUUCUCCCAAUUAAAUAAACAGCUAAACUAUUCAAUAAUACAAUUUUCAUAUGUUGUUUUGUAAUUAUUUGUAUAUCAAUUUAUUACAUUUAUUGCUUGGUUUAAUUCAUCAGUUUUUUUUUCUGAAAUGUAUAUACCCUUCACUUAUCUAUUAUUAACCAUAUAUAACUUGUGCACAUAGUGUGAGCCUUCCAUUUGCUGCACUAUUUAAGAGUAACACGAUCCUAGUUCACUCUCUGAUUGUACUUUUCAACAUGUUGCUUAAUGCCUGUUGUCAUUAAGUAAUAGGAAAGUGAAAACAUUGUUUCCAUUUCUUAGAUUGUAAAUUGUUGUCUUUAUUCCCAUUGCGCCAUUCCUUUUUAUUUAGAUAUACAUGUUCAGGCAGUGGCCAGACCCCUUGUUGGAGUAAUUGUAUUAACAUAAAUGCUUGAAAAUCUGUAAUCUUGGGAUAGAUCGUUGUUGAGAUUUGUGAGUAAAGAUGAGAAAUAUGUAGGAAGGAUAGUAAUGCAGCAUUAAUUGAUCUUCUGUGUCAGAGCAGAGAUAUGAAUUUCUGAUCUUCAUUAUAUCUGAAGGAGGGAACAAACUUGUCAAAUUAUCCAGUUUACAAGCAAACUUCUCCCUUUAACAGCAGGUUACAUAGUAAUAAAUGCUUUGGAGCAACAUUUUUGUCAGUAGGGUGUACAUGGGAAAAAAAAUAGCAAAAACAGUCUGUUAAACUCUUCGAGUUAAAUAGACCCCUAUUGCAUAUUAGCAAGAGAAUAGUCCAGCCUCCAAUAGUUUUGUAAGUUUUAGAAAAUCUUGUUUUUUAUUUAGAAGAUAGAAUUGAUGCCAUUCCUACAAUGCUAAAUUGUAUGGCUUGCAUAAAGCUUACUUUGUAUGUCUCUGUUUAAAAUUCACAUUGCAAAUGUUAUCAAGAGACCUGGGUGUAAAUUUUCAGCGACUUCUAGUAUGAAGCUGAGAACAGUCAGAGCAGAAAUUUUGGGCAGUCUUAUACAGAGGUUAAAAGGCUGAGUUUGUUUGCCCUAAUUUUCUAGCGAGUUUUCCCGUGAAAUGAGAUUCCUCAUAGUAUGAGCUAAGUCUCUGGAAUAUUUAUCCCUAAACGUUGCAGUACAAAAUAGGUGAAGGUGUUUAAAGUCGACAAAUCUGAUGUUUUGUAUUUUUCCCAAAAAAAGUUACAUAUUGUGAUUAUCCUGAAUGUUGAACGCUGUGUACAGAUUUUUGUAUUUUUUAAUUGUGGUGCUUUCUCUUGAUUGCAUAAGAGCUUGUAUGGUUUACGAAAACUGAUGGCCGUUCUUUCAUGCAUUUGGUGUCAAUACUCCAGAUUUUCAGGAUUUGCAAGAAUAAAAUGUUGGCUUUCCUUUAACUGCCUAAAAAGCUAAAAGUAGAAAUUCAAAGAAGAAUGAAAGAGGCAUUCUUGAAUCAGAAGUGUUUAUAUAUUUUGGUUUGGUAUUUUAGAACUUUAAAGUCCAUGGAAUUCCUGUUGUGUAUUUUUCAGUUUUUAGCUUCCUAUUUCUGAGAUAUAGGCAUGUCGGCAUUUUUUAAGAGGGUGGGUUUACUGUAUCAAUCUGAUUUACAUUUAAUGAGAGCUUAACCAGCUAUGAUGAUUUUGUAAUGCCAGAAUAGUCUAAAAUAUUCUUUCAAGUGCUGUAUCUACACAUGUGGCAAGGCUAUAAAUCUCACAGUGGAACAGUUUUCUUUUCCAAUUUAACAUGCCUGAAGUUCCAUGUGAGAAUAACCUUAUUCAAAGUUAAAUGGAAGACACCCAUGCUUGCUGGAAGUAAUCUUCUAGGAUAAUAAUAUUCUGGGUUUUCUUCCAAAGACCCACAUUUCCCAGCAAGUCAGCUUGUAAGUAUCACCAAAAAAGUGAACUUGCACCCCAUGUCACUAUUAAUAAUGCUUUUGGGAGACUGCACUUACUAAUACACAAUGAGCUUUAGAUACACAAUGCUUUACAUCCAGAGGAUUAGGCAACUUCAUUUCCUGGAUAUUAGUUCACAAAGUGUGAAAGCUGUUUUGUAAAUACACCCUUUUUAGUGAUUCACUGUUUGUAUUUUUGAAUUUUUUUUCUGUGAUGAACCCUGUUCAAUUUCUAAUGUUAAAAGCUUCUUAUCUUUUUGUAUAUUUAGAUAAGGCUUAGUCAAUGUAACGAAGGAAAGAAAAAUGCUAUUUGGCUCCUGCAACCAUGAUUCAUUACUGCAGAAUUUUCUUUCUUAAUUAUUCAGUUCAUAAUUUUAUGUUUUGUAUAGAAAUUUGGUCUUUUUUUUAUUACUGUGGGACAAUAGGGUGUAAGGAAAAGAGGAACCCCCAACAAAUUCUGAAUUCCAUCCUCGCAUGGCGAAAAAACAGUUCUUGGCAUGCAUUACUUUUUUUCCCCAGUUAAAUCAUUGCACCUCAACAGUUAGUGCAAUUAAGAGAUAACAAGGUGUAGAGCUGGAUGAACACAGCAGGCCAAGCAGCGUCAGAGGAGCAGGAAGACUGACGUUUCAGGCCUGGACCCUUCUUCAGAAUUUUUUUUUUAAAAACAUCAGCCUUCCUGCUCCUCUGAUACUGCUUGGCUUGCUGUGUUCAUCCAGCUCUACACCUUGUUAUCUCAGAUUCUCCAGCACAUGCAGUUCCUACUAUCUUUGAAACAGUUUGUGUGCCACUAUUUUAAACAUCUAAUUGCACUAAGUUUUUCUUCACUAAGUAGUGCAAGGACCAUAUGAUCUUUGCUGCGUAACUUGUUGAGCAGAUUGUCCUUCAGAUUUGAAAACUAACUGGUUACACUUAGCUACAGUUGUUUGGCACUAGAGAACUGAAAAUCUCCAAAUAUAUGUAAAAUCACAGUUUCUAUCUUUAGCUUUUAUUUUUACUAUCCAUAUUAAACCUUUUGGAAAAAUAGGACCAUGUUUUAUUUGAAAACAGAUGAGAAUUUUUUUUCUCUCCAAGUUCGAGGUUUUGAGACAAUACCAGUAGAAAUCUAGUAUUUAACUGUGGAGGUUCUUGGGAUACAGAUUUGCAUUCUAGGAAUGGAGAAAAAGUUUGCCACGUUCUUAAAAUGUGCCUUUUGGACACUUCAACUCUGGAUGUUUGGCUGACACCUGGAAUGGAGAACAGUUUCCAAACACACUGCUCCCAUUUUAUGUGUUUUCCGCAGUUGUUCCAGGUUUCAAAACUAUUUUCAGCAGCUAAAAGCGACCUACUUUUAGUUCCGAUGGAUAAUUGGAAAGAUAAAUCUUUGUAAACAUUUAAUGUAUUAAAGUAUAUGUUCAUAGCCUGAGGUACAGGAGCUCUCUUGCAGUCAGCAAUGUGGCUGUGCUUUCUCCUGCUGUGGAAGGGUGCUAAUUUCAAAGUCCACAAUCAGUAUCUGUAAAAUACCAACAAUAUACAUAAAUGUCCAAUUGGCUCAAAGUUCUCAUUUUCUAUUUUUCUCAUUUGGCGAUGUUUCUAUCUAAAGUGCUCAGUUUUGGAACUGUUUAAAUGCUAGUUCAUGUCUUGAAUGUGCCUUAUUUAUUAAAAUUCCUUAUCCAAAUUUAAAUAAAGUUUUGUAUGUUUAAGAUGUA